AUGGCGGCCUUCGGGAGCGCGUACGCCGUCCCUGGCGGCGCGAUGAUGGCGUCGGGGAGGGGGCGGGUCGGCGCGAUGGGGUCGGCGAUGGGCCCCUCACCGCUGCUGCAGGGCGGCGCGUAUGCAGGGGGCGCGCCCGUGGGCGGCGCCCCGGCCGUGUACCCCAGCGGCUACGCUGGGGGCGCUCCGUCGGCCGGGUACGCUGGCGGCGGCGGAGGCUGCGGCGACUGCGCCGCCGCCUCGUGCGGCCCCGGCGCCGCCGCGUGCCUGGCGGGCUGUGCCGCGUGCGGCUGCGGCGGCGUCGGCUGCGGCUCGUGCGGCACGGCGGGCUACACGUACGCCGUCGUCGGGCAGGGCCGCGGGGACUUCAUCCCCACCACCGUGUACAGGUACGUCGGCGCAGGCGCCGGCAGCAUCGCGGCGGUCCCGAUCCCCGGCCCCGGGUGCAGCUGCUGGUGGUCGCUGUGCCUCCUGCUGCCCCUGCUCCUGCUCUGGCCGCUCCUCGACCAGACCACGACGACCACCUCCACCACGACCAGGCCGCCCGUCACGACGCCGCCUCCCCGCCCCGAGCCCACGCCCAGGCCCACGCCGGCGCCCACGGAGGAGACGCCGGCGCCCACGACCACCACGCCGCCGGCGCCGACCCCCCCGCCGCAGGGCCCGCAGGGGGAGUGCCUGAUCUACGGCGACCCCCACGUCAUCACCUUCGACGGCUCCCGCGCGAGCUUCUACAGCGCGGGCGAGUACUGGGCCGUGAAGAGCGACACGGUGUGGAUGCAGGGCCGCUACGCGCCCACCGUCGUGACGAACGGGCUCUCCGUCAUGAAGGAGAUCGCCAUCGGCGGGCCCUUCCUGAAGAGCAAGGACGGCAGGGACAACAUCCUUCGCGUCUCCGCCCUCAGCGCCACCUGGAACGGGGUCCCCAUCAUCCCCGGCUUCCCGGACCGGUGGGACAGCCAGGACCCGCCAGUGCAGGUGGUCACCGACAGCUCUGGCCAGAUCCUGCAGAACGGUCGCGCCGGCAAGGACAUGCACGUGGUGCACGUGACCCUGCCGCUGUUCAUCACCGUGCAGAUCAACCGCUGGAACGAGCCCGGCGAGGGAGAUUACAUCAACGCGCGGAUCGUCAUGUCCAAGCAGCCCAACCAGGACGGCCACUGCGGGAACUUCAACGGCAACGGUGCGGACGACACCCGUCCCCUGAUCCGCAGCCGCAUCGGCACCAACGGCGUUGACCCCGCGCAGCUCCUGUACCGCACGAAGACCCCCGUGCACGCGCCGAAUCGCCCCGACCUCAACAACUGCCCCACGGUGAAGGCGGACCACGCCCGCAAGGUGUGCGAGGAGAAGUCGGCGAACGGCCUUGCCAGCGAGGAGUGCAUGAUCGAUGUCUGCUUCGGCGGCGACGCUUUCGCGGAUCACGAUGCGGACAUGUAA